CUCUUCCUCUCAUCAACAAAUUACACAAGCAUCAAUCAGCCUUCAGCUCAAAAUUCAUUCCAUACUCCACACUCGACUGCUAGCUACCAAUCUCCAGGCAUCACAUAGUUCGGACGGAUCAAGCAGUUGUACUGCCUCCACCAACGCAGAGAAAGAUCAUGGCGGGUGCGGCGAAGGCGUCUUGGAUGGUGGCGAUGAGCGUGGGCGCCGUGGAGGCCCUCAAGGAUCAGGCUGGACUCUGCCGCUGGAACUACGCGCUCAGGUCCAUCCACCGGACUGCCAAGGCCAGGGCCAACGUCCACGGCGCCGUCUCUCAAGGCUCCAAGCAGCUUCCGGCCUCCGCCGCAGCCGUGGCGGAGAAGCAGCGAGCCGAGAAGGCCGAGGAAGGGCUGAGGACGGUGAUGUACCUCAGCUGCUGGGGGCCAAAUUAGCAGCUGCAGCUUGGUACAGCAGCUGCAGCUUGGUACUAGCUAGGCGUGUUAGUGUUUGCUGCAACAACCAUGGCCUGAAAUCUGUCUGGCUUCCCGUGGAAUCCCCCGUUGCAAAAUACCACCACAAUGAUGAUGAUGAAAAAUGAUGUUACUUGAGCCCA